AUGGCCUCAAUGGAUGAAAUGCCAUCGCUGGCGCCGCCACCCGGGGAGAAGUCCAACUUUGUCAAUCCAACGUACGAUGGCGACAGGUUUGUGGUGGUGAAUGUUGUGUUCCUGUUCAUCGCGCUGGUGUCGAUGGGGAUUCGACUAUGGACUCGAACGUUUAUUGCGAGUGGGUUCCGCUGGGACGACUAUUUAAUGAUUAUUUCGUUUAUGUGUUCAUGCGUGCUGAGCGGGAUUAUUCUCGAGAUGCUGAACUGGGGACUCGCCGUGCAUAUGUGGAAUGUCCCUGUCAGCCAUCUCUCACCACACUUCCUCAAGCUUAACGUCAUCGCCGCGAUAAUGUACUGCAUCGGCACGGGCUUCCUCAAAGUGUCGGUGCUGCUGUUCUACAUGCGCAUCUUCCCCAGCCGCAACUUCCACCUGGCCGUGUGGACGCUCGUCUUCAUUGCAGCCUCGUACAACGUCGCCAGCGUGCUCGCCAACGUCUUCUCGUGCACCCCGGUUGCGAAGUCGUGGGACAUGACUAUCACCGAAGGCUACUGCAUGAACCGGCCGGUGUUCUACUUUGCGAAUGCGGGAUUGGGUAUCUUUACUGAUUUCGCGACUGUCUUGGUUCCUGUACCCUGGCUGCGACGACUGCAGAUGCCGCUGAGACAGAAGAUUGCCGUGGGCUUGGUGCUAGCCACUGGAUGCUUUGUCGGCGUCGUGAGCUGCAUCCGUCUGUCUAGUCUCUACACCCUCCAGCACACCGAAGACCUAACCUGGGCCACCACCAACGCCCUAAUGUGGUGCGUGAUCGAGCUCAACCUAGGCAUCACCGGCGGCUGCGUGACAGCCAUGCGCCCCUUCGUGCGCCGCUACUUCCCCCGUCUCCUCGGACUCUCGUCAAGCAGAAGCAACAAUGCAUACGCGUAUCCGUCGCAGUCGCGCGGCAACUCGCACCCGCUGGGCUCCAUGCCGCGCUCUGGGAAGCCGGCGUUCUCGAACACCGGGACCCAGUUCUCCACGACGUUCAAGUCGGGGAAUUCGAGCGAGGAGCAUAUUCUGCCGUCGCGCUCGCUGGGGAAGGAGGUGGAUGGGAUUAUGCGGACGGUGGAGAUUGACGUGAAGCAAUCGGGCGGCGCGAGUGGGAGUGCGAGUAAUGUCUAG